AGAAGAAAAAAAAAAAAAAAAAAAAAAAAGCCUUCACUCGCUUUCUUGAUCAAAUUUAAAACCCCUCUGUCGUUAUAUUCACCAGAAUCAUUCAAACAUUUCAAUUCAACUUCAUCUCUCUCCCAUGCCUUCCUCCAAAAUCCUAACUUUUUAAUCCCUUCCUUAAUUUCUUCGCCACAAAACCUGGGAUGUCGCCGCCGGGGUUCCCUGCUGCUGGACCCUCCGAUUUCUACGGCGGAGCAACCGGAUUCCCUACUCAAUCCAUGGCAGUUACACCCACCAUCGACAACCACUCCGCCACAACUCACCACCCUCUCUACCGAUCCCAACCUUCAAUUAUGCUUCAUCCCUCCUCCAACAUACCCAAACACCAAACAUCCUCUCUCAUCGGGAAACGCACCCUCGCAGAAUUCCAGACCCACAACCUCACUAACACCAUCAGCAACAACCUUCUUGUUAGCAACAACAAUAACCAACUCCUUACCAACUAUCAAUUUCGUUCCGUAAAGCCCAGAACUUUUCAACACAACCAAUUCCCCACGUUCUCUCCUGAAUUAGCUGCCUUACCGUCACACCGUUACGGCGCCUCUCUUCUCCAUCACAUUCGCCCUAACGCUCUUAACCCACAACCUGUCACGAGUUCGAUCCUGUCUCACACAAAUUUCUCUCCAGUUCAAAACAGGCUAACCGCGACCCUUGAAUCAGAGAAGAACUUCAUAGACCACCGACUCCAGGAGUUGGAAAAAGAACUUCUAGAAGACAAUGAUGAUGACCAAAGCGACGCCGUUUCAGUCGUUACCACCUCUGAAUGGUCACACACAAUACAGAACUUAAUCACUCCGCCCAAACGUGCCUCGUCAUCACCAUCUUCCUCUACCACUACCACGUCGUCCAACUCCUCCGUAGAAUCCAUCAAUGUCAUACAGUCCCUGACGGAGGUCGCGAAAGCGAUUUCAGAAGAGAGAUUCGAGGUCGCCACGCAGAUCCUUACCCGAUUCUCGCAGAAUUCGGAUCGACCCUUCGUAAAUUGCAUGGUUUCCGCGCUCAAGUCGCGAAUGAGUCACGCUGAGUAUCCACCACCUGUUGAGGAAUUGUUCGGCAGGGAACACGCCGAGUCCACUCAGUUGCUAUUUGAACACUCGCUCUUCUUUAGGGUCGCGCUCAUGGUAGCCAACAUCGCAAUCCUCGAAUCUGCAUUCGACGAUAAAACACAGAACCCCAAACUAUGCGUGGUGGAUUUCGACAUCGGGAACGGGAAACAAUACGCCAGCCUUCUCCACGAGCUCUCUUUGCGGCGAAAGGGCUAUCCGGCCGUCGUCAAGAUCAUCGCCGUUACGGAGAACAGCGCUGACGAGAGGAUGAGUUCUGCGGGCGUGAUGCUCGGAAGACUCGCAGAGCAACUCGGGAUUGGUUUCGAAUUCAAAGUGCUGACUCAGAGAAUCGCCGAGUUAACUCGCGAGUCUUUGGGUUGCGAAGCGGAUGAGGCGCUGGCGGUGAACUUCGCAUUCAGACUUUACAAAAUGCCCGACGAGAGUGUCUCCACGGAGAACCCGCGCGACGAACUUUUGCGGCGCGUGAAGGCACUCGCGCCGCGAGUGGUGACGCUGGUGGAGCAGGAAUCAAACACCAAUACAGCGCCCUUCGUGGCUCGCGUGGCCGAGUCGUGCGCGUAUUACGGCGCGCUGUUUGACUCGCUUGAGACUACGAUGACACGGGAAAACUCGUGGCGAAUAAAAAUGGAGGAGGGACUGAGGCGGAAGAUAGCGAACACAGUGGCAUGCGAAGGAAGGGAGCGCGUGGAAAGGUGCGAAGUGUUUGGAAAGUGGCGCGCGCGCAUGGACAUGGCUGGUUUCAGGUUGAAACCACUGAGUCAGAGAGUCGCUGAGUCAAUCAAAGAACGACUCGGUGGUGAGAACCGGGUGACAGUAAAAGUAGAAAAGGGUGGGAUUUGCUUUGGGUGGAUGGGAAGAACCCUGACCGUGGCUUCUGCUUGGUGUUAAUUGCUCAACUCAACUUUUCACUUUUUUUUUAAUUUAUUUUUUUUAUUUUCUAAAGUUAUUAUAUACCCAUUGUUAGUUAUUCUAUGUUACCUAGACAUUAUUUUCCUCCUUCUACCAAACAGGUAAAUAAAAAAAGUACAACAUU